AUGGACGAGCAGCAGCACAUUGCAGAGCUUGGCCGUCAAGACCCGGUGAGAGCCGCCAAGGAGGUGCUCAAUAAUUUUGAUGGCAUUUUAGACCCGAACGAAGGUCUUUGGUACAAGAACGACAUUGUGGAUGGCACAGGGAAUGGCGUCCAGGUUCCAUGGGCGCGUGGUGCCUGGUUUCACUUGAAUCCGAUCGCUGUUGGCACGUAUGCUUCAGGCUAUGCCUGGAUCCCGCCGGUGUUUCACAACUUUGUUUUGAACCGAACUACCGUGAUUGCCAAGCAAAAUGGGUUCGAAGCGAUUUUGCCCUACUAUAUAAUGAAAAAUUUUGAUCCGAAUAAAAUUGAACGUGUAGUAAUUGCACUUGCAGGCAUGUGGCGCGACGCCUGGGUUUACAUCAAUCUCAUGGGAAAUGCGUAUAGAGUCGCGCAAAAUUACGAUGAGCUGAAUGUGAAAGACGAUACUGUUUUACUUAUGGCGCCUGUGUUCUUUAACCAGAUGGAUCGGAAUCGUGGCUCUGUCAAAAACAACGAAAUUAGUUUCCACGACGCCGGUUGGUCUGCUGGCGGGUCAGUGCGUGAGCCGCGUGAAUUUAAACAUAUUAGCUCUUUUNAGACUAUAUGCCUGGAUUACCCCGCUAUGGCCUACUACUACAGCCUUAAGCACAUCUUCGCGGAAAAUUGA